AUGGUUACUUUACUAGCAUUAGUUACAGGCCACAGGAUACAAACUUUGUCAAAAAUUAAAAUUUCGAAUAUAAUAUAUUUUGAAGAUAAAUUAGAAAUAAGGAUACCAGAUUCUAUAAAGACCUCAUCGUGUAAAAAUUUCCAGCCUGCUUUGGUUAUACCAUAUUUUAGAGAGGAACCAAAGUUGUGUUUAGCUUCUGUUAUUGAUGUUUAUAUUAAAAAGACUAAAGAUACCAGACCUAACGAUACAGAUUACUUAGUUUUAACUUAUAAAAAACCAAUACAUCCGGCGAGUUCACAGCGUAUCAGUAACUGGAUAAAGCUUACUUUGAAAAGCAGUGGGAUUGAUAUGUCUCAAUUCUCCGCUUAUAGCACGCGUCAUGCGGCUACUUCGGCAGCAUAUCGAGCUGGCGUGUCAAUUGAACAAAUCAGAAAGACAGUUGGCUGGACAAAAAAUAGUUCCAUGUUCAAUAGGUUCUAUAAUCGCCCGUUAGGUCUGGACUCUACAGAAUUUGCAAAAGCAAUCUUGACUUUAAAAUAGGUUCAGAUUUGCCCUGUGUUUUGUUCCUAUAGAUUUAGAUUGGUUUGGUGUUUUGUUCCUAUGGUUGC